AUGUUAACGGCAAUGAUAAUUAUUAAUUACGAAAUCAAUGCAAAUAACAAUAAAAAUAGUGCAUGCAUUGGUGUUAUUUUAUUCCUUAUCGUUCUAUUAAUUUGCGUACCAAUUUGUUUUUUUAUUUGUUGUUAUAAAUUAUUUCCUGGAUUAUUCCCAAAGAUAUCUCAUCUUAAACGAAUUGGAUAUGUCAGCGAUCGGCGACAAACUACUCAUGUGCCUACUUCAUCUACAGGAAGAGUUCAGGAAAAAUCGCAGAUUACAACGACUAAACGAGACGCAACCAUUUCUUCUCUAGCUCCAACUCAACCUUCUAAAGAAAGCGAAUAUGCUGCGAUGCAAUUCGAUGAAUCUCAUAUUCUUCGACUCAAAAAGGAAGCGGAAGGUGUUCAUGCAUCUAAAGAAGGAAGUAAGCUCGAUGUUGAUAUUUUCAAGUCCGUAAAAAAGAGCGGAGUCGAUCAACGAACUCUAAUAAGCGAUUAUAUAAAGUCGAUGGAUGAAAAAGCUCUUCAACAACCUAAGAGGAGCGUAUAUAUCGAGCAGAAACUGAAAAGGUUUGACUUCGAUGUAAAGGACCACAACGCAAUGAAAUGA